GUGGCUGCUGCUGGGUGCGGAUCAGCAGGUGGAAACUGGAAAGUGUUCGUUAUAUCGGGAGACAAACUGACGGCUCGAUUUAUCGGGUGAGCCAGUAUGUGAUUCGGUGAGAGCUCCUAUCGGUUCGCCAUGGCUCCCCUGCGGCAGGAGGUUCGGUAUCACAAGGUCCAGGAAACAGAGAGCGAGGACCCGGAGGAGGUGACUGUCCACCUGUACAGUGAUUCAUCUCUUACAAUUGUUCGAGCUCGAUACCGAGAAGCAUGUUUGAGAAUCCUUUCCUCCAUCUUGUUCCUAUUGGUGGCUGUGGCCUUCAUUUUCUAUGAACUAAAGUAUGGAUCUCUUGAUUCGAAACCAGCAUCUUUCAGACCACCAGGUUCUCUGGAACAUUCGUGGAACAGCAGUCAGUGGGCAGAUGUCCCACCAUUCUAUCAGAAUGAAGAAAAGUCUGUGGAAGGUCAGCACCAUGAAGAUAUGGAGACAGAGCAACACAACCACCAUGACAAGCUCAAUGAGUUAGAUCAUCACAGCCACUCUCACAAAGAACAACCAGAAAUGCUACCUGCAACCCACAGCCAUGCUUCUGGCACAUACCACAACGCAGCCAUAGUUAGUGACUCCGAGACUUGUUCACGGGUUGGUAAAGAGGUGCUAGCAUCAGAUGGUACUCUGAUUGACGCAGGCAUUGCCACUGCCCUGUGUCUAGCUGUUGUACACCCGCACACCACUAGUCUAGGAGGUAUUUUCUCUUCCAUCUAUUACAAUGGGAUGGCUUCUGUCCUAAAUGCUAUGCCCCAAGAAGCUUCACCAACAAAAUAUGGCAUUCCACACCUUCUCCAGGGUCUGUGGAGUCUUCACCAGAAACAUGGCCGCAAGCCAUGGUCUCAGCUUGUUAAUUAUGCGGUUCAGCUAGCAAAGGAAGGUUUUCUGGUGGAUGAGGUACUGGCAGCGUCUCUGAAAGAAAAACAGCAAACUGUCAAAUCAUCUAUGGAAUUAUGCAAUCUCUUCUGUGAGUCCAAAAACACCCUGAAAGGUGUAGGAGCUACUGUAAGAAACCCCACACUUGGCCAUGUUCUGCAGCAGAUUGCCACCUCUAUGACUGACCAUAUGCUUCCAACUGCCGUCAUCCAGAGUCUGCUGCAUGAUCUUGAUGCAAGAGACAAGGAUACAUUCUCUAAUGCUAUGUCUAAGAUAGAGCUGAAAGUAGAAGACCCUAUAGAAUUACACUUUGAAGGAAUGACGCUCUAUUCAACCCCCAAUCCAACUGCUGGUAAGAUACUAAGCGAUUCUCUCCAAGAGACUUAUCAUAAUAAGUCUGUACUUGAGGGUGUAAGAUCAGAUACUUCCAUGUACAAAGCUUACCACCUUCUACUGAAUACCUCAAUAAUCACUUACACCAAAAGCGGGGUCAGGCCCAGAGACUCCCCAACCACCAUUCCCACUGAAACUCUGCCACCUUGCUCUCCAGCCCCUGUUGGUAGCACUAUAUUGAUAGCCAGUAAAAAUGGCAGUGUCUUUGUAAUGUCCCUUUCACUCAACAGCACUUUUGGGUCGGGAUUUGUCUCUCCAUCCACAGGAAUCCUCAUGAGUGACUUUGCAUGUGGCAGCGAGAACUUGUGUCCAAAGUUCUGGGCUUCACCCUCAGUGCUCCUCGGAAUGGAAGAGGAAUCCCUGGGGUUAGGAGCUACCGGCAGCAGUUCUAUUCCCUUUUCACUGGCUCAAACUAUCUUUAGCUAUGUAACUCUGAAAAAGAACCUCACAGAGUCUGUCCAUGGUACUUUGCUCAGGUAUGGAAAUGCAGACUCCUGGCACAAGUAUUUUGGUCUUGUGGAAAGGAAAGAAGAGCUGGUAAAUGGAGAAUACCCUGUGAGCACGAUUGUUGUGGAUGUUCAAGCAGAACAUGUACACGUGGCGACAUCGCUUGGCCCUUGCUGUUAUUCCGAAGGAUUUUAAAUGCUAAAUCUAUUGUAUUUAUGGACUCAUCCAUAGUGACUGUUAAAAUUCUGUCUCUCUCCUUUUUUUAUGAAUUGUAUAUGGUUCUUGGACAUGCCAGUUUUGUUAUAAUUACAGAAUGUUUUGUAGAAACCCCAUGCGGUGUCUUCAUCACCAGUAUCAUUCCAAUAUUAUAUUUCCAUAGACAAUGCUUGUUGGUCAGGGACUGGCUUGUUCUCUACAUUUAGACUCCUCAAGUAGGUGUAUCGUAUGGGAAUCAGACCGUGAUCUCCAUUCAGACACACAGGGAGUUAAAAACACACACACCAAAAAACACUAGCCACAAAGUUGAGUAAAAGUUGCUUUAAUCUUUUGAAUGCAGCAUCAUUAAAUGCGGAAUAAAAAAAAGUAUGCACAGAGUACAGCACUGUACCCAAAGCCAUAGGUUUAAGGGUAGGGUUUUGGAUGAGGGGAUAUGAAGGUAAAGGUGCCCUGAAAAUGCUGAGCACUGUAACCCUUAUCACUCACAGGCAAAUCACGUGGUUCGUGUCCACAGCUC